GCGGGUUCAAACACACAGGGUCGACUUGAUACUGUACAUGUGCGAGUACAGGGCUAGGGGUCGAGCCCUGGGAUCUGCAUCUGCUACUGCGAAGCCACCUUACGAUACCAGAAUUGGCGAUGCGUUCAUCAUUCAUUACACUUAUGGAUGCGACUACACCCUCAAGGGUGAAUUCACGCCUGGGCAAUAUGGGGAGUGGCGGUUCGAUAAGCGGAGUUGGACGGGGGGACCACCUCCGAGGAACUUACCAAUGCCGCCUAAAGGAGCGCCAGAGACAGUGGUGGCACUAGUCUCCAUGGUGAACGAGGCUUCAGCUAACCUACCACGUUGGGAUGCUCGCUUGUGAUGACGUUUUACAAAACAUCUCAUUGCGACAACCAUCUGGACCGCACCCACGUGCUGUGCAAGUUCCCUGCUUCUUUCGGCCGGAAUCCUUUUCGAAAUCUGUAGCUUCCCAAGA